AUGAGUAUGGGGAUGAGGAGGAGGAGGGAGGAGGAGGAGGAGGAGGGAGGAGGAGGAGGAGGAGGAGGAGGAGGAGGAGGAGGAGGAGGAGGAGGAGGAGGAGGAGGAGGGAGGAGGAGGAGGAGGAGGAGGAGGAGGAGGAGGAGGAGGAGGAGGCUGAGGUAUGCCUUCCUCGAAUACCCCCAUUUCGGGGGUAUACGUGCGGUCGUUUCCGUCAAUCAAAUCAUCGUCCGCUCUCUCCCUCCCUUUCAAGCCCCCAUUUUCGUCCCUCGUAGCAACUGCUCGUAUCGGUGUGACUGCGUCUCCUAAUUGGGCAUUUUCCACUGCCUCCUCGUUGCCUCUGUGGUUCGAGUUUCCACCCUCGGUGCCGUCCUUGUCACUACUUCCGGUAGCCGUCUGAGCCGCCGCGUCCGCUCUGUUAAGCUGCUGCUGGGCGGUCCGUUGGAGGCACGCCGCUGUCGCUCGGAAGCUGCGGCGCCCGCUCUGUACCGGUCCGUUGCGGCCACCUCUCCGUCCUCCGCCGUGCCCCCGGUCUAGCCUCCUGCCACGUUGGUUCGGCGCUUCUGCUAUCCUCCCGCGCCACUGCCCCCUUCCGCUUGCGGUGGUGCAUCCCGUCGUCGCAUCGUCAUCGCGAGGCGAUGACGUAGGGGAUGCUCCUUUCCCCUUCGCGCCGUCCUCGGCGGGAAGGGGAUGGUUCCCCAUCGCCGUUGGGCUCGUCCUCCGGCGAGUCAUCGGCGUUGUCGCCGACCUCGUCACUGCGCUGCGAGCUUCGCGCACUGGGGUUGCAGGUUGCUGCCCUGACGCGGGCGAUUUUGCUACUGCAGCGCCCGUCGCCGCUGCAACCGGCGGCGGGUGUCCCCUCGCCGCUCCAGGGGUCCCCUCUGGCGGACGCGCGUAUGGCAUCGCCCACGGGUCGGUCGCCUCCCUCUCCAGGCGGUCCUCCGCCCCCGCUUCCUCCGCUACCCGUUUCGUCGCCUCCCCCUUCCCCGCCUGCUCCGUCGUUGCCUCCCCCUCCACCCCCACCCCCUCCGUCUCCGCCUGCACCUCCUCAGCCGCCGCUAGUGGCACCACCAGCUGCCGGCGCUUGUGGCGGGGCAGCGGGGCUUGGCCGACCUCUGGCCUCUCCGCCCUCUCCUGAGCGUCCCCCAAAGCGGCUCCGUCAUGGCGGCCCGGGUGGGUCACUUGUCCCGUCGCGCUUGCCUCCCCUGCACAGAAGAUGAAGGGUCCUUGGAGUGAUGCCCGUCCGUUUGUCAGCGGCGUCGCCGCGCCGUCCGGGCCUGGCGUGCGGUGCGUCGGAUCCGCCUCUGCAGCGUGGCUCGGAGUCGUCGCGUAGCGGGGGGUGUUCUUGCCUGCGGCCCGCUGUAGUGCCACAUUCUCCGGUGGAGGCGAUGGCCGGGGUCGUUGCUUGUAUUGGAGCUGUGGCGGAGGUGCUGAAUUGCCUCCGCCCCCCACCUUUGCAGCCCCCUCCGCGGAAACCAGAGGCUGGGCGUCAGUGGCGGCCCGCGAUGUCCCGCCGCCAGCAGCGGCGCGCCGUCGAUGAAUUGAAUCGGUCGCUCGUGGUGAAUCAGCGCCCGGCGAUCUUGGCCGCUUGCAUGGCUGUGCUUCGGGCACUGGAGAGUCGGGCUGGUGCCCUUGUCCCACCGUUGCCGCUGGAGCAGUAGGAGCGGGGUAGCCGGCCACCGAGUUAGGCCGUUCCCCGCCUUUAGGCGCUGCAUUGGGUGUUGUAGCCAUAGGUUCUAGGCUAGGAGGUGGCCCCCACCGGGGGCAUGUGUGUAUGCCUGUAUGUUGCAGCUGAUGUUGUCACGUUUGCCG